CAAUGGCGGAUUUAUCACACGAAUUAGGUGCACUGCGCUUCGUUAUGGACUCCCCACUAUCUUCAAAAGUAGCCAUGUUCAAUAAUCAAGUCAAUCAGCACAAGCAGUCUCAGCUUUUAAAUCCAUUCUCGCAAACGGAUGGCCGCUCUUCACCAAAGCCCACAUUCUCCAAAGAUGAGUACGGCAAGCCCCUGGCAGGAAGUUUAACAGAAAUGAGAGGACAAAAGGCCAAUAUUCACGUGUUGAAAGAAAUGUUGGAGCUUUGUCAAAUUAUUGACUCGGAAGGUUACAAUGUCAAGGAUGAACCACAAAUGCGCGUCAUACCCUUUGGAGAGCUAUUUAAUAUCUACAACUACAUCUCUGACAAAGUUGUGGGGAUUCUACUUAGAGCCCGCAAACACAAACUGGUCGAAUUUGAGGGUGAGAUGCUCUUCCAAAGACGUGACGAUGAUGUUCCAAUUUUCUUGUUGAAGCCGAUAUCGGAGAUACGACAUGAACUAAAUGAUAAGAUAGAAAGCAUUAAACGAUCGGGCAGUCCUGCUCCACAAGCCACUUCGGUAUUGUUGGAUAAGAAGGCGCAUGGCUUAGAUGUUCCUAGAGGCGGUACACCUGUGUCACGUACUCCAACACCACAGUCCUCGAAGGCUGCCUCGCCAGUACGUGAAACAAAAAAGACCAAAUCUAAGGCUGCGGCUGCUCCUACCCCACUUGAAGUACCAAAAAUUCAACUAAGCGGGGAAGCAGACGUAAAGGAUUCACCUAAAUCAGAAAAUACCGAAAAUCAACAACAAACCCAGGUUCCUGUUUCCCAAGAGGAAGCGCCCGAACAAACAGAAGCUGCUGCAGUACCGACUGAGACAACAAUACCCCCAGUACAACAAACCCAACAACCCACAACAGAAGAUCCGGCGAACAAAAGCGACGUCAACAACAACCCAGCCGAUCUGCCAGUCGUUGAAGUCAUUGAAGCUACAGCCGUCUAUGUCCGAUCGAACAAUAACGGAUCUGUACCACCCACCAGCAACACUGAAGCUGCAACGACGCCGGCCGCCUAA